AUGGACAACUUUAUCCCUGUUUCAUACUCGAAUUUACGUAAAGCAAACAAAAUCGUUAAUUUGGCGCUGAGAGGCAGGCCACGCAGCGACUUUUCGUUUCUCAGAAACGAUGGCCACCGUCAGCGCGACAUCUUCGCCUCUGCUCUGCUGCAAAAACCGCCGCGCCGGUUUUUCAAACAAGCGCUCCCUCAGCUCUCGACCCAAGACCCAAUUUUGCACGCAAAAGCCGUUGUCUGGGGCAUUGGACUCCCAAACGCGGCCUUCACAACCGCCCGCAACCCACGAAAGGAACUCCAAAUUGAAGCCGCACAUCGCACAUGUGCCGCGCGGAUCGCCCGAAAUACACCACCGCCAUCCAGCAGGAGAACGACGGCUCAGAACGGCUGCUUCAGAUUGCUGUAUGGCUUGCUGAGGGAAUCUACAUUUUGUGGCUUUUUCUCCUUCCUUAUGCUCCUGGAGACCCAGUGUGGGCAAUUAGUUCGGAUACAGUGAACUCUCUUGUGGGGCUCUCUCUGAAUUCCUUCUUCAUUUUGCCUUUUAUCUACUCCGGUAUGCUCAAUCAAUCUGUUAUUCAUUUUCUGAGUUCAAUUUCCAUGUUGCUCCAUCACGGUGACAUAUCCCAAGUUAACAAGGCACUAGAGUGCGGAACAUAAAAACAGGUGACCGUGUAUGAUUGGCUCGAGAUACCGGUACGGUGGAAUCCCAGCUUAUAUUAGUCAUAUCUAGUAGUGGUAAACUUUAAUUAAUUUUGUUUUUGAUGAUAUCUGCAAUUAACUUGUUGGAAGAGUAAUUGGUGUUGGUUUGAUUGAUGCCCCGGUUCUUCACCCGGUCAGAAUUUGUCAUAUCAAGUGAAUUUGGUUUUUACUACCAAGUUUUACAAUUUAAGCAUCUUUUCUGACAUGGACAUUGGACAAUUUGUUUUUUAGAUGUCUGAAGGAUUAUUCAACUUCGUGAUUGGGUGGACAUUCAUGUUUUGCUCCUCUGCUGUUCACGGAUCGAAAGAGGGACAGAUACAAGUGGUCUCUCUAGGCCUUAUGGGGUUUUCAGAUGUUUCUCACUAUUAGUAUGCUUUUGUCCAAAACUUAUUGUUGUCGUUAUGUGAGCAUUAAUCUAUGAAUUUUGAUAAUCGGGAGGGCAAAUUCAAACGCAGGAUCUCUUUCGUGAUUGAGAAACAGAUCACUAGGUCAAGAGCUAGUUGUUAUCGGUCUAUGAUUUUAUGUUUGCUUUGUAAUGGGAAUGUUUUUGGAGACCAGUUACAUUUUCCAUCAAUUUGAUCAAUGUUGUUGUGCAUGUGAUAUGAACAGCUUUUCUAAUAUCUUACAUGGCUACCCGGCUGAAUGAGGCUGAGUCAGACUACACUCCAAGCAAGGGCUCACAGCUCGGGUCCGUGAUGACCAAUGGUGCUCCCAUCGUUGGACUUGCUGGCGGAGCGAUAUGUCUGAUAUCUGCAUUGUGGGCACUUUUUGGCCGAAUGGACGGAAACUUUGGGAGCAUUUCAGAAAGAUGGGAGUUCUUGAUCCGUUACCUGGGAUCAGAGAGGCUGGCUUAUGCAUUCAUUUGGGAUAUCUGUUCUUACGCCGUCUUCCAGCCCUGGUUAAUAGGUGACAAUCUUCAAGAUGUUGAGAGCAGCAAGAUUGGUAUCGUAAAUUAUCUUAGAUUUGUACCAGUUGUUGGCUUAGUUGCUUACCUUGUUUGUCUGAAUCUUGACGAGGAACUGUAGCUUUUACAGCAAGUAAAUGUCUGAUUGUAAUAAGUGUAACAAAGACAAAACAUUGUACUGCAAUAUGAACAUGAAGCUUCCUUUA